GCCUCCGAUGUAAUGAAUUCAUUCAAACCAGUUCGAUCUGUAUUCCGGACUGCAAAGCGCCGGCGCACGCACGUCUACACGCGCGGUAAUUGCAAAUAGAAAUCACAAAAACUAUGUUCCCAUUACGCCGUGUCGUUGGCAGCAAGAUACUGGAGCAAUGGCGCGCUCCGGUGAUAGCUGGCGCGAAACAAGUGAAGAGUUACAGCUCAGAAGCAUCAACGCCUCGACCUUUGUCCAUGUUGACCGAUGAUGAAUUGGCGAUGAAGGAUACAAUUAGAAAGUUGGCCACCGAACAAAUAUUACCACUGGUGAGAAAAAUGGAGGAUGACCACCGCAUCGAUGAUGGAAUCAGACAGUUGCUGUUCGAUAAUGGUCUUAUGGGGAUCGAAACACCUACAGAAUACAGCGGCAGUGGGUGCGGAUUCCUGACCAUGAUGCUGGUCGUAGAAGAACUGUCGAGGGUGGACCCUGCAGUGGCUGCUUUCGUCGAUAUACACAACACACUGGUCAACUCGCUGUUCAUGAAGUUGGGGACCGAGGAACAAAAGCAGAAGUACUUAACGAAACUCUGCACGGAAUACGCUGGUAGUUUCUGUCUGACGGAACCGACGUCGGGUUCCGAUGCCUUCGCCCUGAAGACUGUCGCCAAGAAGGACGGCGAUCACUUCGUCAUAAACGGCUCCAAAAUGUGGAUCUCGAAUUCCGAUGUCGCUGGAGUGUUCCUUGUCAUGGCUAAUGCUGACCCUUCCAAGGGAUACAAGGGUAUCACAUGCUUCAUCGUGGAGCGUGAGACCCCAGGUCUGACCGUUGCCAAACCAGAGAACAAGCUGGGUAUCCGCGCUUCAGGAACUUGUAUGGUGCACUUUGACAACGUCAGAGUACCUGAGGGGAAUAUCCUUGGAGAAUAUGGUAAAGGUUACAAAUACGCAGCUGGUUUCCUCAACGAGGGUAGGAUCGGCAUCGCAUCGCAGAUGAUUGGCCUCUGUCAAGGCUGUAUGGACGCCACCAUACCGUACACUCUCGAGAGAAAGCAAUUCGGCAAAAGCAUAUACACCUUCCAGGGUAUCAGCUAUCAAAUAGCUCAUCUCCAAACCGAGUUGGAGGCAGCACGCUUGCUCACCUACAACGCGGCUCGAUUGAAGGAACACGGACAAGAGUUCGUGAAAGAGGCAGCCAUGGCUAAAUACUUCGCAUCAGAAAUUGCACAAACCCUUACAUCAAAAUGCAUAGAUUUUAUGGGUGGUGUGGGAUUCACUCGUGAUUUCCCCCAAGAGAAGUUCUUCAGAGACGCUAAAAUCGGGACCAUUUACGAAGGAACCAGCAAUAUGCAACUGCAAACAAUAGCCAAGUACAUAGAGAAGGAAUAUACACAAUAGUUCAGAUAAUGUACUACAAAAACCUUUGAUACUUCUAAGAACUAGUUUAUGUAAAGUUAAUAAUACAUUUUUUAAUCAACAAUUGACCAGUCCGUUGAUUGUUUUGGUUCUACAGCAUAAUUGUACUACAUACUUUCCAAUUUAAUCCAUCAAUAUUGUAAACUGAAUAUUCCUAUAUGUAACAACAAUAAGACCAAAAGUUUUAGAUUAUAAUAAAAAAUGGCAUUAGUACAGUUUGGUAAAAAAAGUCGACAGUUAAUCACUUUUAGUAAACAGUACAAUAAGUACAUUAAAAAAUACACACCUACAUGUGGAAAAUUACUUUUUAUUAAAGAAACACUGACAAACUGUAAUACCUUGACUCGCUGCUAAAUAUGGCAAUUAAUAUUUGUAGUAGUUGUUAGGAAUCAAUCUCGAAUGAAAUGUUAACUCUUAUCACAUAAUUAUUUGAUUCUAUAGCUCAAGAUACAUACAAUAUUAAAAACAAUUAUAUUUUAAAUCUGCAAGAUCUUACAUUGUCAGAUUUGAAUAAGUAUCUAUAAAUAAAUUUUGUAAAUAUUUAAAAUUACAUAAAUCAUAGAUUUUUUGUAUUUACAUUUGGAAAUUAUUUGAGAUUAGUGAUCUUAUAGAAUAAAAAGUAUUGAAGAUUAUCUUUUCACUCUAUGUAUAAAUUUUAUCUGUGGAAUUUUACAUGACAAUAUAAGGCAAAUUUUAGAAACUGGAAAUAGUAACUAUGUAAAAUGUAUUUUAAAUUUGAGCUCAAAUGUCACUCAAAAAAUAUUGUAUUAUAAAACCAUAAAAAAAGUAAAGAUAAAUUUAGUAGUUAUAUCUAUUAAAAUAUGAAUGUAUUUUCAUAUUUGUAACAGGGUUUUACUGAAAUUUCAUAAUCUAUGAUUUGGUUAUAGUUUUGCAUAGGCUAUAAUCAAUGCUAUACAUGCAUAAUAAUAAAAAUAUUUUUGAAUAUUAAAAAGUUGUUUCAUCAUAUUUUUUUUAAAUGGCCUUGAUCCUUUUACAACUAUCUAUUGUUAAUAAAACAAAUAUUUUAA